UUUUCCUGCUAAAUAAUUAGGCUGGUGGAGUGGAGAAAUAAACUUGAAGGCAGCCAUGGCAUCGUCGCUGUCGCCACCCAAAGUUCCGAUGGAGCUCCACGUCGGAAACCGGCAGAAGCUUCUGGAAUCCCUUCGCCAACAUCUGCUUCAGUCAAGCCUCCUUCUUCGCGGCUUCGUCCUCCUCCAGGGUGGCCAAGAGCAAACGCGUCACGACACUGAUCACCUCGAGCCCUUCAGGCAAGAGAGUUACUUCGCCUACUUGUUUGGAGUCAGAGAACCUGGUUUCUAUGGAGCUAUUGACGUUGAAAGCGGGGAAUCUAUACUCUUUGCUCCUCGGUUACCUGAUGAGUAUGCUGUUUGGUUGGGAGAAAUAAAACCACUCUCCUAUCUUAAGGAACACUACAUGGUUAGCACGGCAUGCUUCACAGAUGAAAUUGCAAGUGUUUUGCAAGAGCGUUACAAGGGUUCGGGGAAACCCUUGCUCUUUCUCUUGCAUGGCCUAAACACAGAUAGCAACAAUUUCUCUACACCAGCUGACUUUGAGGUUGUCAACGCUCUUCUUGUUGUUUUGAUUAAGAAAUGGAUUAGUAUAGUCAUUUGCUUCCAUUGGUGUCAUAUUAUUUCUUACCCGAUAAUGUUGUUGCAUCUGAUCUCAGUUGCACCAAUGCUGUUUGUUGUUAUUCGUGAUGACAUGGUUGUACUUGCACAUUUCUUCCUUUGGAAACUGGAGAUUGCUCUUAUCCAGUAUGCAAAUGAUAUUAGCUCUGAAGCUCAUGUUGAGAUUAUGAGAAAAGCUAAAGUGGGCAUGAAGGAGUAUCAGCUAGAAAGCAUGUUCCUUCACCACACCUACAUGUAUGGUGGAUGUAGGCAUUGCUCCUACACAUGUAUAUGUGCUACUGGUGAUAACAGUGCUGUUCUCCAUUAUGGGCAUGCAGCAGCUCCAAAUGACAAGACUCUGGAAGAUGGAGGGAUGGCACUACUUGAUAUGGGNAACAUGACUGCUAACUUGUGGUAUGUGAAUUCUCACUUUAUGCUCAAUUUAUACUUUUCUGUGCAGAUAAAUCGAAAGUUUACGAUUGAUCAGUCUCUCAUAUAUAAUGCUGUCCUUGAUGCUCAUAAUGCUGUUAUAUCUGCAAUGAAGCCUGGAGUAUUCUGGGUUGAUAUGCACAUAUUAGCAGAAAGAGUCAUUUUAGAGGCACUAAAGAAGGGACAAGUUGUUGUAGGUGAUGUUGAUGAGAUGGUGCCUGCACGCUUGGGUGCUGUUUUUAUGCCACAUGGUCUCGGCCAUUUCCUUGGUCUUGAUACACAUGACCCUGGGGGCUACAUAAAGGGUCUGGAAAGAAGAAAGGAACCUGGACUAAAAUCAUUGCGUACAGUCAGAGAGCUCCAGGAAGGAAUGGUCAUCACUGUGGAACCUGGAUGCUACUUCAUUAAUGCUCUGUUAUGCCCAGCCAUGAAUAGUCCAGAAACCUCCAAGUUCAUCAACCAGGAAGUAAUUAAAAGAUUUAAUGGCUUUGGUGGAGUCCGUAUUGAGAGUGAUGUGCUGGUUACUGCCGCUGGUUGCUACAAUAUGACCAAGUGUCCCAGGGAAAUAAAGGAGAUUGAAGCAGUGAUGGCAGGAGCACCAUGGCCUAUUAAGAAGACUUUGUCUAAUCAUGUAAAUGAGAACAGCUCUCUCUCGGUUUCUAGCUAGUUAUAUGCAUGUAUGGCAUAGUUGUAUAAUAUUAGAAAAUACUUCCUCAGUGUGAGCUUUUCUUAUCAGAGAUGAGACUGCAAGUUUACUUAAUAAAUUCCAGUCGUGGAGGAUCAUAAAUUCCGUAAGAAUAUGAAUCACUACCAAGUCUCGACUCUCGAAUUUCUUUUUUUGGGGACUUACUAUGAAAUCGUGUGUUUUUUCA